CCGGAACAUUAGUCGCUGGACUGAGAUACCGCUGGGCAUAAAUACGCGAAAUAUGCCACACACAGGUCAAGCUGGCGUUAAUCAGCUGGGCGGCGUUUUUGUCAAUGGUCGUCCACUGCCCGAUUGUGUGCGUCGUCGCAUUGUCGAGUUGGCUUUGUGUGGCGUACGACCGUGCGACAUAUCACGCCAAUUGCUGGUCUCACAUGGUUGCGUUUCGAAAAUUUUGACGCGGUUCUAUGAAACUGGCUCCAUACGACCGGGCUCGAUUGGUGGCAGCAAAACCAAGCAAGUCGCCACGCCCACCGUGGUCAAGAAAAUCAUACGAUUGAAGGAGGAGAACAGUGGCAUGUUUGCUUGGGAAAUCCGCGAGCAAUUGCAGCAGCAACGCAUUUGUGAUCCCUCCUCGGUGCCCUCGAUCAGCUCCAUCAAUAGAAUAUUGCGCAAUAGCGGUCUCUGGACCGAUGAGAUGACAUCAAGUCAGCAAAAUGCUGCUGCCGCCGCGGCUGCCACACAACAAAUGUCGUCUGUUGCCUAUUCAACGCAAGCUCAUCUCUAUGCGAAUAGCGCGGCCGCUGCCGCUGCUGCCGGCAGUAGUAAUGCUCCCGGCUGCUCAGCCACAGCCGACGGUGCUAGAGUACCCACGGCCACUUUGGUACAUCGCUCAGCUCUACCGCCUUUGGGCACAGCCCACCACGCACACGCUUCUUCCCACCUCGCCGCUAUGACCGCUCAUCCGCAUGUCGGCCACACACCACAUCCGCUCAGCUUGUCAGCACAGUUCCGCUAUAGCUCUGCCGCAGCUGCUGCUGCCGCCGCUGCAGCGGUAGCCGCCAAUGAGCAUGCUAGAGGAAAUGUCAACGCAACGCAAGAGGCACGCUUAAUGGCAACCACCAGCGUUACGGGCACGAUUGGCGAUAUGCCCAUCAAACCAGCGCCUAAGCAUCCAGCCGCCGCGCAUAUGGCCGCAAUAAGCGCCGCUGGCAGUAGCAAUUCGACACUUGCACAACUCUCAGCUACAGUUACGUCAGCCGUAUCGGGUCAACUCAGUGCACAGGAUCUCACCUACACAGCAUUACACAAGCACUGGCUGUGGCAUCCCUCGUUGCUAUACUACUCCACGCAACACGCGCAGGCCGCCAGUCAAUUUUUACCCUACGCGCAAGCUCAGUGUCCAGCCUAUUUCCAUGCCGGCGGUAGUGGUAGCAGCAGUAGCGGUAUUGGCAGCACACUUAGCAUCGAGGGCACCAUCGAUUUGGUGUCACAUAGCGCCAGCGAUGCGGUUAGCGACUGUGAUUCGGGUAAGUCUUCGCCAGCGACGUCGCUAAACGCGGCACCCACAGUUAGCUCCCUCAGCGGCAGGGAGUCAGCACAGGGCAGCGUGACCAACUGCCGCAAGCGUAAUCCCUACUCUAUCGAGGAAUUGUUGAAGAAACCGGAGAAGCGCAUGCGCUUGCAAGGUGCGAGUCCGCGCAAGGAGGACGAAUCAAGUGGCAGCAGCGGCAGUUCGAGCGUCAGUAGCCGCAGCAGUUGUUGUGAUGACAGCUCAGAUGAGACGCGCAGCCAACAGAACGAAGCACUGGCCGCUGACGACUGCAAUGAUAAUGUAGAGGUUGUGAACUAACUUGACUAAUGAGAUAAUGAGAGAGAGAGGGAAAGAGAGGAGAGGAAGA